CGCCUGGCCACGCCUCCUCGCCAGUGGGCCGCCAGAGAUGCCCCGCCCACUGGGAGAGGAGCCAGGCUUUUUGGGUGAAGCUCGGCCCGCUUGAGGAUAAGCCACGCCCCUUGAAGCAAGGCCGGCUCCUUGGGAGAGAAACCACGCCUCUUCGAGGAAGCUCCGCCCACUGGAGAGAGGUCACAGGCCCUUCAAAGCUCCGCCCACUCGGAGAUAAGCCACACCCCUGGAAGAAAGUUGAGCCUGUUGGGGCAGCCACGCCCCCUCGGGGGAGGAAGGCCUCCCCUUGAAGAUAGCGCGGGGCGGAAAGAAGCCACGCCCCCUGGCUGGGCGCACGCGGGGGGGGCGGAGCUUCUCCGGGCCGGUGUACCGCACUUUCCUAAUAAAACUGGAGACUCCGAGUCCCGGCAGGCUUUGCGCGCCCGGGGCGGAAGGGGCGGGCCGGCGGGAUGUGGCGGCGCGGGCUGGCGGCGCUGGGGCUGGCGCUCUCGCUGUACGCGCUGCACGUGGAGCGGAGCCGCGCGCGGGACCCGCAGUACCGGGCCGCCUGCGACCUGGGCCCGGCCGUCAGCUGCUCGCGCGUCUUCGGAUCCCGGUGGGGGCGGGGCUUCGGCCUGCUGGCGGGGGUCGUGGGCGAGGGCAGCGUCCUGAACCAGCCCAACAGCGUCUACGGCGUCGCCUUCUACCUGCUGCAAGGGCUGCUGGGCGGGACCCACAAUGCCGCGGGGCGGGUGCUGCUGCUGGGCUCGUCGGUGCUGGCGGUGCUGGGCUCCGCCUACCUGGGCUACAUCCUGCUGCGGGUGCUGCACGACUUCUGCCUCGUUUGCAUAACGACCUACGUCAUCAACGGCGCCCUGCUGGUGCUCAACCUGCGCUCGCCCCGCCCACGCUCCGCUGCCAAGCCCAAGGGCCAAUGAGGAGCCGCCCCCGCCUGGGCGUGGGCUUGCUGCCGGGCGGGGGCUUAGCUCCGCCCCUUGGCCCUGUGUCCCUCUAGCCCCGCCCCCCAUGCUGUACUUUGGAGCCAGCUUGUAGCCCUGCCCAUUCCGGUCCAGGCUGCGCCCCUAAUGCUACAUCUAGCUCUGCCUCCUGGGGCUAUUUUCAAGGCCUGCAGGCCCACUCUACUGCUAUCUCUAGCUGAGCCCCGUGGGGACCCCCCACUUCUGCCCAGGCUCCUCCCUCACUGCAACUCAAUCCAGCCCCCAUCCACCUUCCUCUGGGUCCACCCCUUUUCCUCCCAGCUCCGCCCCCUCCAGACCUAGCUCCUCCUCAUUACUGUACUUUUAUUUUGAUUUUCUAAAAAAAAAUCUUUUGGACUCUUUUUCAACCCCAAA